GUCAAAGUGCGAUAGAGGGUGCUAAAUUAUCCUUGUUAGUUUCUCUUGAAUUUCUUCUGCGUGCAAUCGUUUAUCACUCUAGUGGUCAUACGAGUAAUAAACCUUUGAAUUCAUUCGUUUUAUUAAAAGUUAUUAGUUUUUUAGCAAGUUGAACUCAAAAUGUAUUUACUUCAAAUUGUUUGUUCUAAUCUAAGAAAAAAAGAGGACAGUAAAUUAAAUAUGUGUAUUUUGUAAGAAAGUGAACAUAAUGUUCUUACGCAGAAUCGUUCGUAUUGCUAUCCGAGUAAGAAGAACAUAUUCAUCCUUUCAUACUUACAAAACAAAAAUAACCAGCCUUACAACACAAGAAGUUUCUACUGCAUUGAGACCUUUCUACUUCACUGUUCAUCCUGACUUGUUUUGGCAGUAUCCAGCAGAAAAGGAGGUGAAUGAAAACUCACUAAAGCAGCUAAACCAAUAUUUUGAAGGUUUACUACAGAGUUGCCAACCAAAACAGAUCAAUUUGACAUUCUACUUACGGGAUCCUAAAUCACAACUUUUAGAUGAUACACCUAGAGGUAAAUUUAAAACUGUCAAGAUCCACCUUUAUCACAAGGAUGUACAUUCAGCAGUUCACUCUGUCUUGUCCAGUUGCUGUAUUUCUACGAAAUAUCUAGACAACCUAACACACUCCCAACUUCAAGGCCCACUUCAGUCAGCAUCUCAGCCCUCAUCAGCAGCAGAAGAAGAAUUUAGCUUUUCUUUCCAGAAGAAUCCCAAACAGAAUGAAUAUUGGUGGGGAUGGAAGUUUGGAGAGGAUCCUUCAGAAGAAGUAGAAGAAAAAUUGCACAGUGAGCCAGAAAUAGGUCUUAGGGGCUGGCUAAGAGAUAACAUUGACAAGGCAAGAAGCAAGUUGGAAAAAUAUCGGCCAUUGAGGGAAGAAACUGAAAGGUUACGUAAUGACCUUAAAGAACGGCUAACUCUCGAAGAUAUUAUCUGGGAUUGUGGCUGGGGGAGCUCUCAUUUCCGAGGAUGUCUUUUAAGUUUUCAAGGUCUUGCUGCACAACAUCCCAAAGAAAUGGAAAUUCUGAAGGGUCGCACCCUGGUGUUUGGUUACCACACUGGCGUCAGUUUUGAUGGUCAUAUUAUACUAAGCAGCGAAGAUGUUCGACACAAUUGGUUGGAUCUUAUUAAUGUAGUGUGGAAGUACGAUUGUUACUUAGAAGAGGUACCAGCUACAGAGAGAGCUCUCUCUGAAGUGUUGAGAGGAAUUCGAAUCGACCACCGCAAAUUUCAGCCAGCAGUGAUGGUCGAGAAAUACAUUCAGCAGCUAAGGAAGUUAACAUCAGCACUAUAUAGGUAUCGCUGGCAGAAAGGUUUCCCAGACCAGUGGCCUAGACGUCUUACUCACUUUAAGUUAGUUGUUGAAUGAAUGAAAGCCAAGGAAUGUGAAAUGUAUGGACGAUGCAUUGCAGAGUUGGGUCUCGCUUCUU